UUAAUUCACGACCUCACGUGCCCAUUACAGUCUCCUUACCCACCACCAAGUAGAUCAAGGGCCUCAGCACCAGCUCCAACCAUGUGGACCCCAGAUGAGAUCGCUCAGCUGUGCUAUAAGCACUAUGAGAUCAGGCUGCCCAAGCAAGGGAAGCCGGAGCCAAACCGUGAAUGGACAUUGUUGGCAGCUGUAGUGAAGAUACAGUUUCCAAUUUAUGAGGCCAGUGACACUCCUGAUAAGCCAGUACAAGUGACAAAGGAAGUUGUCUCAAUGGGAACAGGAACAAAAUGCAUAGGCCAAUCCAAAAUGAGGAAGAGUGGAGAUAUUCUCAACGAUAGCCAUGCUGAGGUCAUAGCCAGAAGGAGUUUCCAAAGGUACCUUCUCUAUCAGCUGCAAUUGGCAGCUACCCUAGACAAGGAGAGUAUCUUUGUCCCAGGAACUCAAAGAGGACUGUGGAAACUCAGACCCAACCUCUUGUUUGUGUUUUUCUCCAGCCAUACGCCCUGUGGCGAUGCCUCCAUCAUUCCAAUGCUUGAGUUUGAAGAACAGCCUUGCUGUCCUGUCAUUAGAGAUCAGGAUAGCAGUUUAUCAUUAGAAGACAGUGGUAAUGUGAAGACUCCUGAAAAUGAAAGGAAAUACGAAGACCCUGACGGUCCUGUAGCCAAAAAGAUGAGGCUUGAGCCUGGAACUCCUGCCAGGUUCUUCACCAAUGGCACAGCUCAGCAUGGCAAGCAAGACAGUGGCUCGUUUGCAUCAGGUGUCAGAGGCUCUAACCUCACUGUAGAAAGACUGGCCGAUAUCACCUGUGGAGCUCCCAGGAGUGCCACAGUGGUGGACAUUUAUAGAACUGGAGCCAAGUGUGUGCCUGGAGAAGCUGAAGACUUGAGGAAGCCAGGUGCUGCAUACCACCAGGUGGGGUUGCUCCGAGUGAAGCCAGGCCGGGGAGACAGGACCUGCUCCAUGUCAUGCAGUGACAAGAUGGCCCGAUGGAAUGUCCUUGGCUGCCAGGGUGCACUUUUGAUGCAUUUCUUAGAAGAGCCCAUCUACCUGUCAGCUGUUGUCAUUGGGAAGUGCCCAUACAGCCAGGAAGUCAUGCAGAGAGCACUGAUUGGAAGGUGUCAAAAUGUCUUGGCUUUACCCAAAGGUUAUGGAGUUCAAGAACUGAAAAUACAGCAGUCAGAUUUACUGUUUGAACAGAGUCGCUGUGCAGUGCAGACAAAAAGGGCUGACAAUCCCGGUCGACUUGUUCCAUGUGGGGCAGCUAUCAGCUGGGCUGCAGUUCCUGAGCAGCCAUUGGAUGUUACUGCCAAUGGCUUUCCACAGGGAACAACAAAGAAAGGAAUUGGAAGUCUUCAGGCCAGAUCCCGAAUCAGCAAAGUGGAACUCUUCAGAUCAUUCCAGAAGCUGCUGAGCAGCAUUUCAGAAGACAAGUGGCCAGACUCCCUCAGGUUGCAGAAGUUGGACACCUACCAGGAGCAUAAGGAGGCUGCAUCUGCUUACCAGGAAGCCUGGAGCGCACUCCGGAAGCAAGCCUUUGCAUCCUGGAUCAGAAACCCACCAGACUAUCACCAGUUUAAAUGAAAAAGAGAAGUUUUUAGAAGAUCUGCUGUAGCAGGACUCUUCAUGUUGACUGCCUCUUCCUUCAUGCAGGAUAAUCCUUAAGCUUUUCUAAUGGCUAAAUUAAAAAAAAAAACAAAACCCUCCUCCCAGAGGACUGUACCUCAUUUUUGUAUAAUGUAGAUGGAAUCCAGAACAUAGCAGUCUAUACUUGACUGAGAGCUGAAGAAGCUCUUUGCUAAAAUGGCAUCUCACUGAUGACCUGGGCAUCUGAGUUCCAUUGUAUUUUAUUAGAGUUUGGAACAUGACGCUAUAAAAUCACUCUCCAGCAGCUCAGUUUUAUGUGUUUCUACAUUGAUUCAGCAAGUAUUUAUUGGACUGAAAUGAUGUGUAAUAUCUGAAGCCUUACAGCUCAUCAGGCUUAGAGAACAUGAAUUUUGUAUCCCCAGCCUCUCUACCUCUGGGGAGCCAUCCUUUUCUCAGGCCUCAGCAGUCAGGCUUGGUUGAGGCUAACUGGACUCCGGGGCUCAGGAAUGUGAGCCUGCUCUGGACGGCCCUGUUUUCAGCAUUGUCAAGAAAGAUUCUCUUUUGGUCAGAGGUGUGAGGGCCACAUAGUCUUGGAACUGUGGUGGCCGACUUUUCCUACCAAGUAGAGACAGCCAGGGGAGGAGGAAAGCAGCCAGGAGGACCAAGCUCUAGGGACAUGAUUUGGAUGCCUGAAGCUAGCAGCCACCCUGGACCUCAGUUAAGUGGCACAGAUUCCUAUUGUUUUGAUUAAGCCUCUUGGCAUUGGUUUUCUGACAGCUAAGAGUUCUGUCUAAAAGGCCACAAGUCCCUAUAGUAAAUCAGCAACAGACCUAGCAACCAAUCCUGUUGGACUAACAGCUCUCAACUUCUUCUCACCUUUAAUAACAUUGGACUGAAAAUAACAGCUCUCCAUGUUGGAUUCACUCAAGAUAUUCAUAAAGAAAACUUAACUGGAUAUAUAACGCAAUGAGAAACUUUCAAGAACUCUACCUAUUUAUGCUGUGACAUACAGAUGGCCGCAGUAGUCAUAUUGCUGAUAUGGAUAUGGGAGAAAUGGAAAAAACUUUUGUCUUAAUCUGGUAACCCAGGCUCUGGAUUCAGAUGUGGACAUUUUGCCACUUGUCCAGAUGAGCCAGCAGAGACAGGAAUCAGCUUCUAGAACUAAGCCUGUUCACUGCUUUUCAAAGCCCAAAUGUAGCAGAGUGUCUCUGUGGGAAACAAGGCAGAAGCAGAAAAUCACUCCAAGAGGGAACUCAGACUGCCAAAUAAUUGGUCUCAAGCACGAGUUCACUGGACUUUGGCUCAUUCCCCAAGGGGAAGAGCUCACAAUGGAAACAGUGAUGGUCACUUACUCAGGCAGCCAAGAGAAUGAAAAGCACAUUGAAACCCAGCAGUGUCCCUGCGGGAGAGGUACAGUGGGCCCCUUGGUGGUGAAACCGACCUGACAACGCAGCGGAUCACAGAGCCCAUUCCCGGCGUCUGUCUUCAGUUGCACAACAGACCUUUAUGUGCACCCUCUCAGGAGAUCUCUGAGAAAUGAUACGGCCAGCAGCCUAAGCUUUACCCCACAGCAGAUUCGGGCUCAAUCUAGUUUGCCCCUUUGCUUUGAAUUCCAUUUUGUUGAUUAAGAGAAAGAAGAGCCCGCUUAGAUGUAAAGUCCCUGCCAAAAUACAAAAGUCCCUCCCACGCAGGCUUCCUCAGCUUCCCUUUCUUAUUUUCGCCUCUUGUGGACUGUUUCCACCUCCAGUCGCUCUUUUCAUGCUGUGUUUGUUCCUCAGCUUAUCCAGUGCCACUGUGAAUGUCCUUCUGUCCUAGCACGUCAUUAACUGUUGGGCUGAGAGACCAGCUGGACGGGGGUGAAGGAAUGGCAGCACAAUCUAAACUGCUCUGACCGUGCUCGCCCACCUGUGCCAAGCAGGCAGAUGGCACAGCCGAGCUCUGCGCCUUAUGAUCACACAGACCCAGGCAAAACUACUUCUGCACUGGAGGAAUUAACCAACAAAAAAGGGCAAGUUUCAGCAAGAUCCACAUCCAGAAAUGGCCAUGCUCCUGAAGCUACUCUCUGCAGGCUGCAAGCACUGGGUGAAGGUUAAAGGAGACUCCAGGCUUCCCCAAGGAGGCUGGAAAAGAGCUAAAGAGGAGGCUGUUCAAUUGCUCUGGGGAGAAGAUGGUGAAGCUGAGUCACACAUCAGCUUUAAGGAGACCCCAUAGCACUUUCAUUUGUGUUGCUAUAGGUGAUUAC